AUGCUGAGAGGCACGCACGCUAAUCUUGCUCUCCGGCGCACCACUGCUCAGCUUCGUUCACGACUUGGACAGCGUUUCGCAUCUACAUCCGGAGAGGCAUCCUCCUCGUCCUCCUCGUUCCUCAAGACCGUUGGCAAGAUCUCUUUAUACACUUCGGUAGCCGGGGCUGCAUAUACAAUAGGGUCACUGUACCCUCCUACACUCGCCACCUACAUAUCCCCGCGGCCAGCACCAGCACCACUACACCCUGAGGCCCCAGAAGCGGUCGCCUACGUCGAAUCGCUCGAAGACACUCUCCAACGCCUCCCACUUCUACAAAGAGUUCGGGAGACCACUAGUCCGGACGAGUGGUACGAAGCGCGACCAUACGCGAAGAUCCCGCGUGAGCGGCGGAUUAACAGCCUGACGGCCGGCUCGCUCAACGGCCCAGGCAAACUUGCGCUCGCGCCUCUGGUCCGGGCGAAGCGGGACAAUAGCGAGGGCAUGGUAUUUGUUCAUGUGGGGAGUGCGCUGUGUGGUCAUGAAGGGAUUGUACACGGUGGUUUGCUAGCGACGUUGCUGGAUGAGACGUUGGGCCGACAGGCACUCAUCAACCUCCCAGAGAAGAUUGGCGUGACGGCCUACCUGCAUCUCACCUACAAAGCACCAACUCGCGCAGACCAAUUCCUCGUCAUCAAGACCCGCCUUAUUGAAGCUAAGGGCCGCAAAUCCAAGGUAGCCGGUGCCAUCGAGGACAUGGACGGCAACGUCCUCGUCGAGGCCGAGGCGCUCUUCAUACAACCGAAGUACGCGAAGUUGCUGAACACCGCGCGCAUGCGCGAGCUCAUCGGUGAGCCGGAGAACUCGCGCGAACCUAUUGGCGAGGGCGCGAACGCGCCCGUGCCUGUGAGCCCGCCAAGUGGGCCGCCGUUGGUCAGAGGCGCGAGGGCGUGA